AUGUCUCUCGCACAGCAUCUCGCGCCCGAAGAUGGAUUCGACGUCCCAGACUGCCAGCAGUCCGAUGAGACUCUCGUCAGUCCACGGUACUGGCGACAGAUGAGCUUUGACGCAUUUGCACCAGCGGAGCCACCAGUAGAAGUGAAGCCCCCUCGAUCUGCGGCGUAUGAAACGUCGACGUUUCAAAGAGUCGUACAAGUAGGUCUAGGAGUGACGUUUUGUUUCCUUGCAUCCGGAAUAGUGUUUGGCUUCGCAGCCCUCAAACCCGUACUCAUCGCCCGGGGGGUAUACCACGAGCUCUGCGCCAAGCAACACUCUACAUGUCCCGAACAAGACCUACGAAUCAACCUUCUCUUCAUAACGGCUUCCAUAACGACCAACGUAUCGAGCCUCUUUGCUGGCUACGUCCUCGACACCUACGAUCGGCGAAUAUGCACCACCUUUGCCGCAACGUUCCUCGCCCUCGGCUCCCUAUUCUUUAUAUCGCACCGCUACAUUCGCUUUGUCGACCCUCUCAUAUUCGCUAACUUUUUCUUAAGUCUCGGUGGAACUUUCCUCUUCCUCCCUACUUUCCAGUUAUCCAACGCGUUUCCAAAGCACUCUGGCGUAAUCGUUGCACUAGUAACAUGUGCUUUUGACGCCUCAUCUGCAGUAUUCCUGCUCUACCAAAUCAUCUGGAAAGCCACAAACGGGGCAUUCACACCAGAAAAGUUCUUCACAGUCUAUCUCUGCGUACCGGUGGCUAUCCUCCUCGCUGAAUGGACCGUCAUGCCCAAACAGCGAUAUCACACCAUGCCAGAACUGGAAAAGAAACUGGAGCACGCAAACGAUUGCAAUCGAGAUGUACAUAAUUCCGAUGACGAGGUGCCUGAUGAUUUGACUCUUUCCAGAAUACGAAGCCAGCGUGCCGAUGAGCGCAGAGCCAGGAUCGGGCAGAUCGAGAGGGUGACGGGUGAUGCGGAAGAGCGCCACGAACGAAUCGAGCGAAGAACGUCGUUGCAGAUCCAUGAUGAAGCAUGGGGCAUGUUGCACGGCCUAUCUGUCAAGGAUCAAAUGCGAAGUCCUUGGUUCAUUCUUCUUCUUCUCACCACGGCUCUCCAGAUGUUGCGGGUGAACUAUUUUAUUGCCACGGUCACAAGUCAAUACACAUACAUGUUGGGUCCGCAAGACGCGGAACGAGUAACAGCCCUUUUCAACGCGGCCCUUCCGAUUGGUGGCAUUGCUGCCACUCCUGCCAUUGCAGUGAUUCUACAUACACUGAGCGUUGCAGGUCUUCUGGUCUUGCUGACCGUGUAUGUUGCCAGCAUAGGGGUGCUGAACUGCGUUUCAGAGCCGUGGGCUGCAUUCGCGACAGUCUUGCUUUUCGUGACAUUUCGACCGUUCUACUAUUCUACUAUAUCGUAG